GUUCUACAUGUAAUUUUCAAAUUCCACCUUUGACUUUUACAGCUGAUGUAAAGAUUGUUUGUAUUUUUCAAAUUAAUUCACAUAAUAAUUAAUCAACUUAUUCACGAUGAAUAUGCCAGAAUCGGAUAGUGAAGAUGAAUUACCUCCUGGGUGGGAAGAAAGAGUUACUGUUGACGGUAGUGUUUUUUACGCUAAUCAUUUAACAAAAAAUACGCAAUGGACCCAUCCAAGGACCGGAAAGAAAAAAAAGGUAUCAGGAGAGCUUCCAUUCGGAUGGCAAAGAUGUGUAGAUAAAAAUACUGGGAAGGUAAUUUAUGUUGAUCAUGAAAAUCGUAGGACUACUUACACAGAUCCAAGAUUGGCGUUUGCUGUUGAAGAAAAAGAACAUGUUAAUGAUUACAGGCAGAGAUUUGACGCUUCCAGUACUGCUCUUCAGGUAUUGCAUGGUAGGGACUUGAAUGGCAAGGUGGCUCUUAUAACAGGUGCUAAUAGUGGUAUUGGUUUUGAAACUGCAAAAUCUCUCGCCAAACAUGGUUGCAGUGUUAUAAUGGCUUGUAGAAAUCUUGCAGCUGCAGAAGAAGCUAUCAAUCAAAUUCGUGAAGAUAAACUUACAGCCGGUGAUAACUGCAUAGCAAUACAUUUAGAUUUAACUUCACUUUCAUCAGUUGUACAAUUUGCUAAUACUAUUAAAAGCAAGUAUGACAAAAUUGACAUGUUGAUAUUGAAUGCUGGUGUAUUUGGACUACCUUAUAGUAAAACUCUAGAUGGGUUUGAGACUACAUUCCAAGUAAAUCAUCUGUCUCAUUUUUAUUUAACUAUUUUACUGAGACCUUUACUAGUUACUGGAUCAAGAGUGAUUGUAGUAUCUUCAGAGUCUCACAGGUUUGCUAAUCUAACUCGGGAAAAUAUGACGCCGCUAUUCCUAUCUCCUGAUUGCGCUACUAAAUAUUGGGAUAUGAUGGCAUAUAACAAUUCCAAAUUGUGUAACGUUCUUUUUGCUAGACAAUUAUCAAAAAAUCUUCAAUCGGUCGGCAUAUCUGUGUUCAGUUUACAUCCUGGAAACAUGGUAUCUUCGAAAUUGGCAAGGAAUUGGUGGUUAUACAGAGUGUUGUUUGCUAUUGUUAGACCUUUUACCAAAAGUUUACAACAAGCAGCAGCUACUAGUGUAUAUUGUGCUACAGCUGUUGAAUUGGUAGGUGUAACAGGUGUUUACGUUAACAAUUCUUAUCAGUGUCAAGAAAGCGCAGCUGCUCAAGACGACCAAUUAGCUAAAUUACUAUGGGAUAUUAGUAUCGAGAUGAUACAGAGCGUUCUGGGAAAGAACGCUCCUGGUUUAGAAAAUGACUCCAAAAAGUUAUUAGAGGAGUGACUGUUUUAAUUUAUACAAUGAUGAAUUUUCGGCCAAGAUCCAUUCAGGGCAGUUUUCAGUGUUACAAAUCUGAUUUGUGACCAUUUCGCUGUCGUUACAAUAGGAAUCAUCUAUAGGUGUAUAAGUAUAGUCCACGCAUUUUGCUGUUCUUCUUUGUAUACCACCCCCGCAAGUUUUACUACACUGAAAAGAAGAAAUAAAAAAUGUUGAAUUAGUAGAUUAGAGGUUAGAAUGUGAGAAUAUUAACUUUUUAAGAAAGUACUUGUAUUUGAGGCUAACGAAAUCAUUUUGAUUUUGUUUUAAAAAACAAUUUAGUUUCCCAGUGUAAAGAGAUGGCUUACUGUCAUAUUUAUUGAUUUUAAAAUUUAUUUUUUGUUGUUUUACUUAAUUUUAUUAUUUUCUUGAAAACUUCGAAAAUUCGCUCAAAAUUGGCCUAAUUUUAGUCUUCAAAUUGGGUCUACAACUGAUCAAAAUCAAUUUGAGUUUGCUCGAAAACAUAAUUGUGUAGAAAAAUUCAAUUUCUCAGUGCGAGGGAUGUUUUACUGUUAUAUUUAUUGAUUUUAAAGUUUAUUUUCUUGAAAAUUUCGAAAAUUCGCUUAAAAUUGGCCUAAUUUUAGUCUUCAAAUUGGGUCUACAACUGAUCAAAAUCAAUUUGAGUUUGCUUGAAUACAUAAUUGUGUGGAAAAAUUCAGUUUCUCAGUGCGAGGGAUGUUUCACUGUUAUAUUUAUUGAUUUUAAAAUUUAUUUUCUUGAAAAUUUCGAAAAUUCGCUUAAAAUUGGCCUAAUUUUAGUCUUCAAAUUGGGUCUACAACUGAUCAAAAUCAAUUUGAGUUUGCUCGAAAACAUAAUUGUGUAGAAAAAUUCAAUUUCUCAGUGCGAGGGAUGUUUUACUGUUAUAUUUAUUGAUUUUAAAGUUUAUUUUCUUGAAAAUUUCGAAAAUUCGCUUAAAAUUGGCCUAAUUUUAGUCUUCAAAUUGGGUCUACAACUGAUCAAAAUCAAUUUGAGUUUGCUUGAAUACAUAAUUGUGUGGAAAAAUUCAGUUUCUCAGUGCGAGGGAUGUUUCACUGUUAUAUUUAUUGAUUUUAAAAUUUAUUUUCUUGAAAAUUUCGAAAAUUCGCUCAAAAUUGGCCUAAUUUUAGUCUUCAAAUUGGGUCUACAACUGAUCAAAAUCAAUUUGAGUUUGCUCGAAAACAUAAUUGUGUAGAAAAAUUCAAUUUCUCAGUGCGAGGGAUGUUUUACUGUUAUAUUUAUUGAUUUUAAAGUUUAUUUUCUUGAAAAUUUCGAAAAUUCGCUUAAAAUUGGCCUAAUUUUAGUCUUCAAAUUGGGUCUACAACUGAUCAAAAUCAAUUUGAGUUUGCUUGAAUACAUAAUUGUGUGGAAAAAUUCAGUUUCUCAGUGCGAGGGAUGUUUCACUGUUAUAUUUAUUGAUUUUAAAGUUUAUUUUCUUGAAAAUUUCGAAAAUUCGCUCAAAAUUGGCCUAAUUUUAGUCUUCAAAUUGGGUCUACAACUGAUCAAAAUCAAUUUGAGUUUGCUCGAAAACAUAAUUGUGUAGAAAAAUUCAGUUUCUCAGAGUGAGGGGAUGUUUCACUGUCAUAUUUAUUGAUUUUAAAGUUUAUUUUCCGUUAUUUCACUAAAUUUUAUUACUUUUUCACAAUACGUGAAUUUUAACUUUUAAAAAAUAAUUUUUGAUACGUCCUUAUUAUAAUAUAAAAAAAUGUUUGUUGUAUAUCUGUAACUACAAAAUCAAUUGUUGUCGAUAUAAAAAAAAUUAAUAUUAGAUUAUUGAGAAAAAUAACUGACCAAAAACUUAUAGAAUCGAACUCCUCGUAACACCGACCAUAUUUUUUUGAAGAUUGGCUCACAACCAAUAUAAAAGACGAAAAUACUACAAUGAAUUUAAUUUUUUCUGAAGCCGAGUUUAUUUUUGACAUUCUUCUUUUCGCUCGAGUGCGUCAAUUUUUCAAAAAAAAUUCUUGAAACGAACCAAUUAUUUAUUAAGGGUACAACUAAACAGACUGAAAAAACAAAACACCAAUAUAUCUAUUUGAAGUUAUUAAUGAAGGUAUUAACGAUGUUUACGAGAUGUCGUAGUAAGAUAUGUGUCAAAAUAUAUUUAUGUGUGAUUA